GAACGAGUGGCAGGGGAACAGGCAUGGGGCGGCGCGACAUUUUCGUAGCGUGAAGGAUGUUCGCAGGUGACCAACGAAGCUCUUAUGGAGAUGCAUUACACGAGCGGUUACGCAUUUGAGGGAAAGUGGUUGGAGCGGAUCCACAAGUACGAGGAGCUUCACGGUCCUUGGGUGGAUGAGAGGAGGACUGGCGGGGGUCAGGCGCAGGCACGGGCGGCGUCCAACGCCCCAGUCGGAGCACGGCAACAGGGCGAUGACGUCGUCGAUUUGGGUGGCGAGGGAGAGGAUUGCGGGGUCGCGGGGGUUGAGGGGGAGGUCGAGGCUGCAUACUCACAGCGCCCAGGCAAGUUGCCGGUCGGUGAGGGUGGUUCGAAUUCAGGGAAGAGGAAGGGUGUGGUUGUUGCGGUGAUGCAGCAGGGGAAGAAGAUGAGGCAGCCGACGAUAAAAGAGGUGUUCGGGUCUGACUGGGCUGCUCAACACAGGAAGUUGUGGUUGCGCUUCAACCAGCUUCCCUUCAACAUCUUUCGGAGCCCGACAUGGAAGGCGUACACUGCACACUUCAGGGACAAACCCACAUCAGUCCCCGUGGUUUGGCCUUCUGAAAACGAAGUCGUAGCGAUGGAUACAGUGCUUCAGACGGCGACGGACGUUGUUGCGGGUCUCAAAGACAUACAAGAGUCGUUUGACCGCACAGGGGCGACGAUCAUAUCCGGUGGUAGGAAGUCUCGUGAUGGGAAACCCAUCGUGAACUUUCUUGCAGUCGGUGCUAGAGGAGUGAUGAUGUAUCGCACCCUCAACAGGGAGGGUGAGACUGAUGAUGCGCUCGAAGUCGGCAUGGUGAAGGACGAGGAUAAACGACUUGUGAGGGAGGCGGAGCGGUACAUUCUGUCGCAGACCGGGUUUGAUGAGCGGCAGAAGGAGUAUCGAGACGCUGUGUUGCAGUUGCGGGACUUUCAUAUGCGCACAUGGACUUGCGCAUGGGGAGGGGAGCGGGCACGCGCCGCAACGAAGAUGUGUGUCAGAGAGAAGGAGACCAUUGAGAGUGGUCUUUGGUGGUCACAGUAUGGCGGCUGUGCUCCUCAGCUUCAGCGUAUCGCUCUUCGUGUGUUGUACAUGUGGACGUGCUCCUCUCCCUCUGAGCGGAACUGGGCCAUCCACGAGAGUAUUCACACGAAGAAGCGUAACAGAUUGCUGUUCCCGAAGGUCGCGAAGUUGGUGGAGAUCACAGCCAACACGCGGCUUUUGGCUCUUCAGAGCAGUGGUGGAGGUUUUGUUCUUCCGUGGACUCAGGAUGAGUCCAUAUUGGAUGUCGAGGGUGGCUUGGAGGCAGACGCUGUAUGCGAGGGGGUGGACCACAGCAUACCCGAGGAGGACCGCGAUGCGCAGGCGCAGUUAGAUGACUCGAGUGGAGAUGAGCGCGAGGAGGCAGAUGAGGGUUUCCGCCCCCGCGGCGCUGGUGCUGCCUGGUGUGCAGGGGACGAUGAUGACACUUGGAGUGACCCUGAGGAGGUUCGCCGACGUAGUGGUGGCAGAGAUUUAUUCGAGGACACAGCUAGGGGCAGGUUUGGAGUCGAGGGAUGCUGGGACGGAUCUGGGAGCCCUCUUGUCGAGCCGAUUCCUCAUACCUCAUCGCCGGUCGUACAUGGGGCAGAGGGGGAUAUAGCGGGCAUGCGAGGAGCCCAUCACAGUCCGACAGGCAAGGGCUCAUUAGCCAGCGACGAGGAUUCAGAGGGGCGUGGAGGAGGUGUGGGGCUUGUGCGGCUUCAGAAGGGUCCGAAGGUCACAAAGAGACAACUCAUACUAGGUUCUGAGUCACCGCCGUCAUCUAGGGGUGCGACCGGUGCGGGGACAGGGGGAGCGGAGAUCAGAGAUGCAGGACAUGAUCGUCCGACAGACGACAACAGAGAGAUAGGCACCGGAGAUGUGGCCAGAGGUGUUGCUUGGUCGCUAGGGGACAUUGGGACGCUAGGCGCUCUGCCUCGUAGUAGCAUGGGUCACGCGGAGCAAUUUGAUGAUGCCCAUCAUGAGGGGGUGCCACAAGAUGAGGCAGUUGGCGGUGGGGACCAUGCUUUGGAAUCAGCGUCCAUGCGCGAUUUCAUGCCCGAGCUAGGGGCCACUCUGCCAUCCAUGAUGGAGGGUGAGUCUGUUGUUGCGCGACGGGCCGACGACGAGGAUGUUCGGCCUCGGCCACAGACAGUUCACAUGGGAGUGCCUGCACCCGACACCGAGGAGGAGCGGAUGGCUCGAGAGGUGAGGGAGGAUGAGGAGGAGGCCGCAAGGGCCAAGGCCCUAGCUGAUGCUGACCCACGCACACAGGCCACGACACGUGACAUGGAGGUCAUGCGUCAGUUAGAGACUGGGGGAGAAGGACUGCGAGGCGAUGUGGCGGAGGAUGACCAGAUGGAGGCAGCUGCCCACAUUUCACAUGCGGCUCGAGAGAUAGACGACGAUGCAUCGCCGCUCGAUGUCGACAGCGCACCCAUCGUCCCGCCACCACCAGACGGAGAGGUGGACGCCGUUGCAGUGGCACACGACAGAGAGGCGCGCGGCGAGACAGUGGUUCAGUCCACUGUGGCAGAGGAUGUUGCUGCUCAGGCGGUGGCCCCUCAGAUAGUCGAUGGUGUAGAUACGACUUUGUUGGGAGAUCCAAGAGCGGUACCAGGGGGAGACGUGCAGGAUGAGGAGGCAGUUGGGAGUCCAGCGGCGGUGGGGGGAGAUGCAAAGUUAGGGGAGGAUAGGGUUCGGGAGGUACGUGGAGAUGUGGGUGCGCCCUCGACUGCACCUGGUUCACGCGAGGAGGAGGGAGCAGGAGUCAUGGCGCCACCGCCCAUUCGGCAUGAUUCACCGACGGCCACACUUCGACCACCCUGUCAGCGGUCACGGCCGCCCGGCGCACGAGUGUCGACUCACGGAUUGAGGGAGGUUUCACACAUCCUCGGUGCAGAUGUGUUAGAUGUGUUGGGGCCUCCCAGGACACAGCGAUCGCUGCCCAGACGAGCAUCACGCCUGGACGGCGAGACCACCGGGAGCGAGGGGUUGGAGAUGAUGCGAGGGAGACGUCGUACGGACAACCUCUUAGCGACGUCGCAGAGGGAGAUGAGACUGGAUGGCGUCACAGUGGUUGACGACAAUGACACUGACGUCGCUGCAGAGGAGGCUGACGGAGAGGAGGACGUGUCGAUACACGAGGCACGCCUGACGACCUUGGAGCAAGUGGGCGCCCCGCACGUUCCUUUCACGAGGUUGAAGGGCGAUGGAGCAUAUGCGGGACAGGCCGGAGUUGAAGGCAAGUUCUGGGUGAUGCUGUUUGACGUCGGGAACAAUUCCAUUUCGUCCGCAGGGGGGGUAGACCUCUCCGACUAUCCGAUUGGAGCGAAGCUAGAGCUCGGGGAGGAGGCCAUUCCGGCAAACUGCGAGAUCGACCGGGUGAACCAGGCGCAUUUCUGCACAUACGUCGUAGCCAAGAGCGGGAUCUACACGCUGGACUUGGAAAUCGGUCAGACGACGCUGCGGUUCUCUAAUGUGGACAUUGAUGGAGGACCGUUGGACACACCAUCGUGCAUUGCAUACGGCCCUGGCGUAGGGGAUCAAGGGCCCAUCAUCGCGGGAACGGAUAGUUUGUUCGAGAUCGAAGCAAAAGACGCAAAGGGCAACACACUGAAUAGAGGGGGAAGCACCUUUGACGUGGUGCUGAUGACAGAGGAGGUAAAACCCCCAGUUUACUUAAGACCCAACAACUCCUUCCCUCGCUGGAAUCCCACCAAGGGCAGGUACGAGGUGUUCUACGCCCCGCAAAAGGUGGGCACGUACCAGCUGCAUGUUGUUCGGAACUCCCCUAUCCGGGGCUCUCCGUUUACGGUGAGCGUUCGUCCAGGACGCGCAAGUGUAGCGACAACGGAGUUGAGCAAGGAAUCGCUGCGGCCAUGUACGGCGGGGGACGUCCGCUCUUUCGCAUUGAAUGCGAAGGAUGCUUAUGGCAAUCCGACAGGGCGAGGAGGGGAUGUCUUCACCAUGGAUAUCUCGGCCACCACCAUUUCCGCCUCCACCUCAGGGAAGAUGACGGAUCUGGGGAAUGGGACUUACAUGUUCUUGUACAAGUGUGCAAGAGCCGGAAGGGCGGCCACGGUGGUCACCGUUUACAUGCGCAAUCUGAUAGUGACGUCUCGUGCACUGCAGGUUCUCCCCGGUCCCGUGGAUGCCGCACAGUGCGAGGUCACGGGCGAUAUACUAAUGGGCAAGGGAGUUGCCGGCGAAUCGGGAAAACUAAUGGUAACGGCGCGGGAUUUGUAUGGCAACAAUCUCGUCACCGGUGGUUUGGCGUUCGAGGUGAGCUUGCGGCACAACUUGACCGGUGAGGGCCCAGGCGUGCUUGCAAGCGUCGAUGGCAAAGAUGGAACGUACACGUUCACGUACAACUUAACUAGGGCUGGGGACUACGUUGUCCGUGCCCUCUUGGCUAGGAGUAGCACGAUCCCCUUGGGUAACAGUAGCACGAUCCCCUUCUUUGAGGGGAUCGGUGUGGUCGAGGCUGCGGCUCCAGAUGGUCGGUCGACGGUGCUGGAUUACGGCAACGAAGCCUAUGUGUCGGCCAUGCCCGCCGCGUUUAGGAUUUAUGUCCGUGACCGGUUCCAAAAUCUGCUAAGGGACGACAGUUUAUUCUACCCCACGUUGCUUCUGACUUCUGUCUCCUCCUCUACUGGCAUGGCAUGGUCCUUGGACAGAGCGAUGGUUUUUGUGGCGGAAGAGGGAUUCUACAACGUCAGCUUUACUCCCUUCGCUGCGGGUAUCCUCCGUAUCUCACUGUCUCUCGGUUCUUUCGACGGAGUGGUUCUCAACUCGACCACCGGCUUGCCGCACGUGGUAGCAGUGCUGCCAGGAGUCGUGUCUCCGGAGAGGACCAUAGCCAAAGGGCUGGGUUUCGACGUCGGAGCAGUGAUAUCCUCCACAGCAGUCUUCUUCAUCUUCCCUCGCGACAGAUCGGGCAACCCCGUCCCGCCGACCGCUGACGUGGUGCGAGCUUUCAGCGUCACCUUCUCUGACAAAGAGGUCGUUCCGACACCACCGACAAUCAGCUCACAGCCGCCCUCUCUCGCCACAAACGAUGCAGGUUCCAUCAAGGUGACGUACACGCCAAUGCAGGAGACGACCGGGUUGACAAUCACCGUGGCAUACGACGGCAUAGUGGUGCAGAACGGGACGAGCAGGGUGAUGAUACGCGGAGGGCCGGGCAACUGGUCACCGUUCAAGACAGUGGCGAUGGACGUGUUGGGAAUAGAGAUCAAGGGAGGUUUGGAUGGAAUGGCAGUCGGUGUGCCGCUUGUGUUUUUCAUCGAACCAAGGGAUCUUGAGAGCCUGCCCAUUGUCAAGGCAAACGGCAUUGUUGAAAUCGGCUUCACGGUCAUUGUGCCCGGAUGGGCGGACGGCGGCAAGACCAGCGAGGUCACCGCAGAGCUUCAGCCGGGUGGACUGUACAAGGUUUCACUUCCGGCAACAUCCAGGAGCCAGCGUUUCACUGUGAUGAUCGAUCCGCUUGGUGACGCAGAGACGAUACAGAACGGGAGAUUUUACGUGGAUGUGCGCGCAGGGCCGACCAGCGCGGAGAGGUCAAUGGUGGAGAGUCAGCUCCAAGGAGACGCAGUUCGCGCAGGAGUGAGGGUAGUGAUCACAGUGACGGCAAGGGACGCUGCCGGCAACCGCGUCCGAUACAGCCAUCUGGCCGGCGGAGAUCCGUUUCGCGCCACGAUGGCCUGGUCGGAUACUGCAGCGCCGCCGCUCACAGCGGCGCAAGCCAAGUCGCCCACCGAGUUCAUAGCAGAAGACAACAACGACGGCACGCACGACAUCGCGGUGUACGCUCUGGCAGCGGGGAAGUACAGCGCCACCGUCAUGCUCAGGGACAAGCAAGUUGGGCUCCCGGUUCCCAUUCUCGUCACGCACGCGUCGUUCAGCUUCUUAGGUACGGAGAUGAGACCGGAGGCUCAGAGCUUCUCGAGCGUGGGGGCGAGCGUUCAACAGCAGAUGGAGCUGUACGCAUACGACCAAUACAAGAACCCGUACUUAGCGGGCGACCGGUCGUUCAGCGUUGUCGCCCUCAACUCGAAGACGACUGCGGAGUCCGUGUCUGGCAGGGUGACGGCGACAGCUAGUCGCUCCAUGUUCAUGGCGGGACUAAAGGUGGGACCAGCAGGAACGUACCGUGUGGAGGUGAGGGAAGCAAAUGGGACGUUCACAGGAGGGGCUGCAAGCAGCGGUACCUCAGCAACCGUCAAUGUCAUCUCGUUUCCGAUGAAAGUCAUUCCCGGGCGCGUGUCCAUGAAAGACACCACUGUGUUCGGCAGCGGCGUGGUCGGCGGGAUGGCCGGCCAAGUGUCAGUCAUCGAGAUUGUCGCACGUGAUGUGGCCGGCAAUGUGAACUCGAGCUUACCUCGCGUAGGUAUCUUCCCCAGGCCCUCAGCUCUCUCCAUGGAACUCCUAUGUUUGGACGACAGUCGAACAUGCCUCCAGGCUCAGGAUCCCACCAACGGGGCCAGCGGCGGUUCUCCUCAGCCAGCGCUGUCAACAGGAUCAGAGGUUUUCUACGUCGAUCCCAACACUCCGCUCAAGGCCAGGGUAAUGUACAUUCCCAGAUCGUACGGUGCCCACUCCGUUGUCAUCGCGUAUGGUGACACCGAGGUCGGUACGUUCAAGGUACCCGUGCUGCCGAAGAUGCCGCCUCGAAUGUUGUACGCCAGGUUCGCGGACAGCCUGUCGAACAUCGUCAUCGACUUCGACGUACCGACAAAUGCUCACGUCAUCAACCACAGAGGCUCGGAGCCUGCAACGGGAGGCAUUAUUUUCGGUGUCAACAACGACGACGUCGAAGCCGCGGGGGUGUUCGAGGCUGUCUGUCGCGAUAUUUUUGCGGACGAGGUGGUGCGGAAGCUGGGGACGAAGCCAUCGUGCACGUUCCGCACGAGCCGUCGGCUGCGCAUAGUUCUUGGCAGCGGUGCCACGAUAUUGCCGGUGGACACGCGAACGCCCGAUGUGAUUACCAUUUUGCCAGACAAGAUCUCCUCGCAGGACAUGAGCUCGUACAACGCUUCUGGCUCGGUUCCGGUCCUGCAGCCCGUUAGCCGGAUGCAGCCCGUGGUGACACUUGACGUCCCGCCGAGCGUCGGGCUGUGUGACCCGCUCACGCUGGACGCGUCAGCGUCGACGGGCUCGGGCGGUCGGCCCAUGAGGUUCGUGUUCUACGUACAGGGGACCGGGCCGCGGAUGAACGUCUUGACACGGCAUCUCGCGAACGCCGAUCCCUUCAGCUCCACUGUCACCGUUGCCAGAGAUUGGCUGGAGCCGGGGAAAGUGUACAACUUCACGGUGCGGGCGACCAACUUCAUUGGGCAGAGCAACUCCAUGUCCGUGAUGGUGAAGAAGGAGGCACGACCGACGCCUAAAGUUUCCAUUUUCGGUCUGUUCACCACAGCAGGGAGAACGUUCUACAGGUACGAAAUGAUUUCGUUGGAGGCGCGUGCAGAGCUGCCGGGCCCGUUCGCCGUGAACGCGAAAGGGGAAUGCCUCCCAGCGGCGGAGGCGAUGAAGUCCCUGGUGUACCGAUGGUUUGUGGAGGACGGGCCCUCCGUCAACCUGACUGGGUUGGAGACGGGCGGUCGUAUGUUCAACCUGCCUGCAAUGAGGCUAAUGCCCUCCGUGACUUACGUAAUAGGAGUGCGGUGUUGGGUGGAAGAUAGUCUGGACCCGGAGGGGGACAGCGGCCGCAGCUCGGCAAGCAUAGUCAUGAAUGCAUCGCCGCUAAGCGUCGCCAUCGACGGCGGAGAGAUCAGGGUCGUGGACGCCCGGGAUCCCAUAGUCAUCAAGGCACUGGCAAGCGAUCCGGAUGAUACUCGGGACAUUCUUGGAGCACCCUUCCCCCUCCAGUACAGCUGGACAGUCAAUACCACUCUCGCUGACGACGCCAACUACGCUCUGUACGAGAGCAACGAGAAGAACAACUAUGGGCAGAUACUCCUCCUCCCUCCUAACGCUCUGGCUCCCGGCACUGUUCACCGGGUCACAGUGAUGGUUACCAAGGAGCCGCUGACGAGAGGGCGGAGGCUACAGCCAGCAUCUGUGAUAUUGGUGGCAAUCCCGGCCAGUGACAGCGGCGCAAAGAACGGCACGCAGAGCCGAUCCGGCGGGGCAGCUCUGGGCAUCGUGCAGGACGACGAGAAAGGGCUGAUGAUAGAUGGAAGCUUUGUGGAGGGGCCGGUGUUCGUGGCGAACCAGACGGCAAUGACUGUGGGGAACGUAGAACUGACCGAAGUGACAGCCGUGCUGGAUGUUUCCAUCACAGCGGGACAGGAUCUGCUAUCGGUGGCCCUUCUCCCAACGCAGUCCAUAAGCUUCAGGUGCUCUGCCGCUCCACCCAAUACCACCUUGUCCGUGGGAGGCCAGCAGCAGGGUCUCUCUGCUUCCCUGUCCAUAGCCUAUCAGUGGAAGCUGACCUCGGAUGCGGACGAGCGGCCUUUGUCGAAACUGAGAACGGCGGGCCGGGACGUUGACCCGGCUAUCGAGAUCAUGCCCAACCAGCUGCUGGGCGGGCAGCUGUACACGAUAUCUUGCACGGCAGCAGUAGGUUCUCAUACGACGUCGCUGACCAAAGGCACGGCCUCUACCACGGUUUGGGUAUCGCCCCUGCCGUCAGGGGGAACGGCGAUGUACGAGAGAAUGGGGUCCAGUGCACCCAAGGCGGACGUGGCGAUGCUCACGCUUUAUCGCAUCAAAGCGUUCGGGUGGACGGUGGGAGAGGGCGAGGGACAUAUGCACUACGAGUUCCGGUAUGCAGACGCCAUCUCGGGCCGCGAAACGACGGUAAAACCUAUGUCGCCUGAGAAUUCUAAGUCGCACAUCGUGCUCCCUGAAGGCAUCUACUACUUCGUCGUGUACGUGACCAAUCCGAUCAGAACCAUGUUCAGUCCAGGGGACGGGUCACCUGGUUCUCGGUUCAUCAUCGAGCCUCCUGUCAAGGUGGUCUCACUCCGCAACUCCGGACUGGACCCCAAAGACGUCCUUGCUGCCAACAAUGCCAACAAUAACUCUCUGUCGCGCAUCAAGACGGCCAGCAAGUGGCUCAACUACCAGUCCCAUCUGCCCGCGAAGUUGCUUCCGCCAUCGCUGUCGUCCUCGUCCCAGGUGUCCUACAGGACCGAGAACACCGUCGUCGCCACGGGGUACGAUGACUUGCAAGCAGCUGCUCCCUCGGCCGCCAUAGCUGUGGCGGAUAACUCCUCUACGCGGCGUCCAUAUGCGCGAUUUCUUGAGGAUACCGAAGACCGCCUCCAUCACAAGGGCACCAGCGAAGGACGAAGGCGUACACUACUGCAAGCCGGAUCUUCGCCAACUGGCGGCACCAGGUUCAGGAACGUGACGGAGGCUCAGAUCAGUUUCGAUAGCAUCUUCACCGAGCUUAACCGCACAGGAGACUAUGUCAACAUGCUAUCUUGGGCCAUGGUAUGGGCAAGGGAGUACGGAGGAGCGCCCACGGGCCCCAACGACUGCGGCGUGCCGAACGCCAAGCUCACAGAGAUGAAGGCCGUUGUGGUCGACACCCUAGCGAAGCUCGACUCCCUGAACGCCCCGCCUUCGGAAACGUCAGACGCGGGCUCCGUGGGAACCAUGGGCCCUCAGCUGGGCGUCAACCUCGCCACGGCCCUUUCCUUUCUCCUGGCUCACCCUGGAGAAGUCACGCAGGAAAUGAUGGCACAAGCAGUGGAAGCUCUCGGGCGAAAGAUCCGUCCAAUGGCCCAGAGUGGUCUUCGGUUGACUGGGCAGCCCCUAGACCCGUUCUUUACCUCCGUCGACCUGCUUUUGGAAAAUGCAAACAAGGGGUGUGUCAAUGGAACUUCAGCAGGGAUCGACUCAAUUAAGGCCAGCGCGUCACGCCUGCCGCUGCCCGUGUCCCGCACGCUUGCCUGGAGCAUGGCCGUGAACGCCAGCGCCCGGCGACAGUACCGGACGUUUACGGUCAGCGUGCAGAAGCUCGCGCGCUCCAGGACCAUGCUGACUCCUUUCCUGUCGGCCAUCGAUCGGUUCGCAGUAUCAUCGCAGCUCAAAGAGGGAGACGGGGAGGUCUGGGUCUCCAUUGUUGUUCUCAACGCAAGCGUCUUCGUGCCGCUGCCCUCCAUCGCACCUGCUUCGUCUCCCACCGGUGAUGCCUACGCACAAGAUGGCAAUACAGGCCGACCCGUAGAAGGCAUGGUGCAGUUUUCCGGCCUAAAUUCGCCGAAAAAGGGCAAGGUUUAUCUGAUCCGAUUGGUCAUGGAAGAUGAUCCUUCGUCCACUGUGCUCCUCGAAGACAACCGCUACAGCUCUGUAAUGAAGACAGCAACUGCGCUCGCUAAUUCGAUCUCGGGCCGAUUCUUCGUCUACGAGUCAAAGGCACCGCCCCCACCAGCUCCUGGGCAAACCCCAGGAGGACUCUACAACGUACCGCCUCCAGGUGAACCACCUGGAGGUUCGGGUGGUGGGGAUGGCUCUGCCAAAAUCGGCGUUAUUCUCCCUGCUGUGCUGGUUCCUCUCGUUGUUCUCCUGGCCGCUGUCGGUGCUGGAUACUUCUACUGGAAGAAGCGGCAGCAGCAGCAGCAGCAGCAGCAGCAGCAGAUCCCGGGUACUUCUGCAGCACCCGCACCCACAGGGGACCCAGCCGACAAUUUCACAAAUGUUGCAAGUGCUCCUCAGCCUCAGCCCUGAUAUUCCACAGCACAACCAGUGCAUCCGGCCACAGAGGGGGGCAAAGGACAUUCAGUACUAUUAAUAGUAAACCAAUAAAUCAUUCAAUUGUCUGCAACUUGUUUCAUUUUGGUGGUGUACCGUGCGGUGAGGCCCAAUGUUACUCAUCCCCUUUGCUGUGCUUGCCCUGCUUCACUCUCCCUCGUGGGCUUCUUCCUGGCUCCCGCUUGGCAGUCCGUUCAGUCACCUAGGCUUGGUUUGCUUAUGUGAAUGCACAGAGCUGAUACACUGCGAAAUCCUGGAGGCGCAGCCUGGAGGGAGCCGCAUCGCACGACAUUCUGCGAUAUGUUCUAAGCAUAGACGACUUGAGGGACAGGAGCCGACGUGGAGGUGAUCCAAUUUUGUUGCCUGUGAGAGUGUGGGACUGACAGGAGCAGUUCAACUUGUUGUUUUGUCAAUCUAGGAUGCAUUUUUGGGACCACGACCACCUCAUUUCGUGGACCCGUAAACGAAACUGAACUUUUUCUAUACAUUUGAAGAGAGUGAGCAGUACGCCAAUGCAAGUUUGUGGCAGGGCAGUCGCAGUGGCACACUGACAUGUAACACAUUGGCAGGAAUCUGUGCAGAAAUUUGGCAAUGCCUGUUUGUGUUUCCAUCCAAUUGCCUGAUUGUCUGCACUCGGAAAUGAGGAGCAUAGAUGUAGCCCUUGCUUGAUUUUCAUUCCGUAUCUACGAGCCUGAAGAGAAGAAGCCGUGAACAUCAAGGCUGAUCAAGCUGGUCAUUCUGGGAACCUGGAAAGUUGUGGAAACAAUACUUUUUCCAUGUAUUCGAAGAAACAGAGCAAGAUCGCCGUGCAAGUCCACGGCACGGAAGUUGUGGUAGCAGAAUUGAGAACAUGAAAGCAUUUUUCGCAUGCAAUCUCAGGACAGCAGGAAGCAACGUAUACAACCAAGCAAUGUACACAACUAAACAAUGUAUACAAUGAACCAAUGUAUACGUAUGCGUGGAGCCAAGUGUUGUUUCUGUUUUUAUACAGUGCCUGAUUUUUCGCACUCACAGAUGACAACCAUAGAAGUACACCUUGAGUCUACCUUGCUCUUUGUCUUGUGCACUUUCUAUUUAGUGUGUGUGUUUAUGAAAGGGCAUGAACAUUACAGUAGCAGGAAGCGAAACAGUAACCUCCUCGUUUUGUGGACCUGGAAACGAUAUUUUUUUGAUAUAUUUCAGGAGAUAGAACGAGGUCUAAGAUGCAAGCACCGCUUUAAUGCACAGCGCAGAGAAUUUGUGCAAAGGUGUGGGGGAGGGGGGGUACCCCUUGUCAGCUUUGCUGCAGCUCAAGGAAUUCUCAUACCAAGACUUUGUCUGCCAAUUUCUGCAUGUCAGCUUUGCUGAAAUUCAGGGCAAACCCAUAACAGGACCUUUUCUGUCAAUUUCUGCAGAUGAUUGCAAUCAGAUUUAUCGAGUCUGGUUGUAACUGUGGUAAGGUAGUAUAGGAAAGUGUGGGAAGAGACAUGAUUUUGAAAGGUAGAAAACAGGAAGUCACUCUUCUCUUGGUUCUAUGCUGUCCUGUCUUCCAUAAAAACUCUUGCUGGCAAUUUGCUGCAAUUGACAAUCUUGGGUUCUGGCCGGGUUACGGUUCCGGAUGCCUCUGGACUUUCCUUGGGUGUUGCUGCUAGUUUUGGGACAGACCUUUUGUCAGGGGCUUUACUUUGACACAGUGGGGACUGCCACCGACCUACCGAACCCUUCAGUGACAUUUGGGUAAAUUGGCUUCACACCCUGGUGUUUGGACGACAAUAUAUGGGGUAUUAUGAGACACAUGACCUUGGGACUUCUGGGACCAGACCUGAGACUCAACUGUAUGUGUGAAACAGUGAAACCCUUUCAGCUGAGUUGGAAUCCAUCUUCAAUGUCCAGCUGUGGAUGAGGCUCAGGCCAAACUC